UACUGUCGGGAUGUAGGCAGGAGAAAGCAUCGAUCUCCCCAAAAAGCUACAGAUUUUUGGCUUUUGACAACAAAUUACACAUUUAAAACAUUUCAAAAAAAUAUAACAUGUUGCUGUUAAUGUCCUACUAAUUUUAUCCGCUUAAAAUUUGGUUGUAAUGAGAGAAAAUGGGCUACAAGAGAACUGUUUUGGUGACUGGAGGCUCAGGAUUCAUAGGCUCCCAUCUUGUCACACACCUCGUCAACAGACAUCCAGACUGGAGGAUUAUAAACCUGGACAUACUGGAUUCCUGCUGCAGCCCGAGGAGCCUGGAAAAUGUGGAGGACAGACCAAACUACUCAUUCAUUCAAGGGGAUGUUUGCAGCUUUCGACUGGUUCAUCACAUUUUCAACACCCAAAACAUUGACGUCAUUUUUCACCUGGCAGCUAAGACACACGUCGAGUCGUCUUUCAAAUGUCCGUCAGAUUUCCAGCGCGUGAACGUCGAGGGGACCAGAGUUUUACUGAGAGCCGCUCAACAAGCUCCACACAAACUACAGCGGUUUAUUUAUGUCAGUACGGACGAGGUCUACGGGCCGGGGAUCGACCAGGAGUUUGAUGAGCUCAGUCCAAUGAGACCGUCCAAUCCUUACUCCGCCACCAAAGCAGCUGCAGAGAUUCUGGUCCAGUCGUACGGCGAGAAAUACGAGUUUCCAGUGAUAAUUACAAGAAGCAACAAUAUUUAUGGACCAAGGCAGUACACGGAAAAGGUCAUUCCGAGAUUUAUCAGUCUCUUGCACAGAAAUCAGAAAUGCACGAUCCAGGGAACUCUGCCUAAAUCGCGUCACUUCCUGUUCGUGGACGACGCCAUCAGUGCCUUCCUGCUCGUCCUGGAGAAAGGGAUUGUGGGAGAAAUCUACAACAUGGGGUCCGGCUGUGAGGUUCCCAUCAUGCACCUGGCCACAGAGCUCAUCCAAAUGAUAAAAAAGGUUCCUGAUUCUGCAGUGAGCGACUGGAUGGAGUUUGUUCCCGACAGACCUCAGGUGGACCUGCGUUACCCCAUUCACUGUGAGAAGCUGCGCAGACUCGGCUGGAGAGCUCAGGUCGACUGGACUCACGGCCUCAGACAAACAGUAAAAUGGUACGAGGAAAACCCAAACUUCUGGCCCGAUCCAAGUGACGACCCAAAACAAAACCUCCCCAAACCGGAGGAGUUUCGAGCUGCACUUUGAGCGUCGGCCUCCAGGGGGCGGCGGCUUCACCUGCUUCACUUGUGGAGUAUUUUUAUUUUUAUUCAUAAUAUUUGUGCGGACGGGAUCUAUGGCUGAUUUGCAGCUUUUAUUAAGUGUAAAACUUUUGUGGAGCGUCGGUGCCAAACGGUUACAGCCAAAUCAAGACGUUAAUCAUUUCUCACACGACUGUAAUAUUUAAUUUAUAUUUUUAAUUUAAUUUGAAUAAAUGAAAAUGCUUAGAACUGUUUAGUAAAUUAAAAACUUGAAAUUGUUGUA